GCGGAAAUGCGCUUAGGGGGCGCCCCCGGUGGCGGAGACCCCCUAGCGAUGGGUGGCGGGAACGAUUAUGCCGAACUGUGCGACCUGGGCCCGUCCCGGUGGAGCUCCAGGAGCGGCUACCAGCAGGUCUCGCCGCCGGUCAAUUCGAUCUACCACCACACUGGCGGCAGUAUUGCUGGUGUCGGCGGCGGCGGCGUCGGUGGAUCCAUGACCGGUGGUGGCCCCAGCAGCGGAGUCGGUGUCGGUCACGGGAGCCUUGGCGGGGGCAGCUCCGGUGUAGGAGGCCAUGGUUCGGGCGGUGGCCACGGGACCACACUCCGCUCGAACAGCUUCGAAGCCGAGGAUGUGAUCGGCCCGUACGGCAGCACCCGGAUAGGCAACAGCACAAGCUCCCUGCGAGGACGUUCAGGUUUAUAUUAUUCACCACCCGGUACUUCAUAUACAAUAGUAGAAAGAGAAAGACCACACUCUCCUCAUUAUUAUUAUAACACAGCCGGUGUCCCUUCCAAAGGAGGUUCAUUGCCAAGUAGAAGUAGUUAUUUAGACUCAGCUAGUUUAGGUGUUUCAACUGGUGCAGGUACAGUUCCAAAUUCUACCAGACAUAAUGGUAAGAAGCGACCUAUCUCACCAGAGCAGGUCCUAAGAAUGUUUAACACAACAAGUUCGUCUUCUUCAGUUCCUACUAGUUAUCAUAGUAAUGGCACGCGAGAUCGAGGCCGUCGCAGUCCUGCCAGCAGUCCGCCUUCUACUACCCACCAGAUCUAUCGUGAUCGGGAACGGGAUCGUAAUAUACCGAGUAUUCACUCACUGACGACGCGCACGGUGAACAUGUCACGUGACCAGCAAACCGAAGCUAGUCACGGGUUCGGCAUCUGCGUCAAAGGAGGCAAGGAUUCAGGUGAGUGUGUUGGCGUGUACAUAUCGCGGAUAGAGGAAGGUUCGCUAGCGGAACGGGCCGGUUUGAGGCCCGGCGACACGAUACUGGAAGUGAACGGGACACCGUUCACGUCCAUCAACCACGAGGAAGCGCUCAAGGUAAGAUGUGGCAAUUUUUUCGAUUUUAUUUAUUUUUGUCUUAUUCAAAUUUCAUAACCCUUCUACACAAUA